CUACGCUAUGGUUUAGCGCAAGGAAGUGUGGACUAGCUACCUUCUCUCAGAAUUCGCCUGUCCCUCUUAGUCUUUCUCCCUCUAUAACCAUAUUCAUAUAUUGAUCAGUUGCAGAGCCAUUUGCACUUUGAAUGUCGGCGACGUAUAGGAUUUUUUGUGCUAUAACUCUUCCUCUCUCUUCCUCUCCAGCCUUACAUUCUAGGGCCUUCCCCUUCGUUUCCUGCUCUCUUUCCCACUUUAUUUUACAUCCUUCUCUUACUCUCCCAGCCUCUGUCUUCCCCUUUACGGUUUGUCGUGAUUCUCGAUUCACGAUGCCUUACAAUCAGCGAAGGGGUGGUCGUAGAGAGCAGAAGUGGAAAGAGAAGGCAAAGGUUGAAGGAAUUUCUACAGAGUCAGAAACUGCUUCUGAAGUUGUAACUAAUGCACUCAGUAAUUUGAGGGUUACUGAGAGUAAUCAACCGCAUAUUCCUAUUACAAGUGUGCAGUUUGGAAAUGCCCAGCCUACAAACCUGGCCACCCCUGGGCUUGGUCAUAGAGCAAUUUGGAAACCAAAAGCUUAUGGAACAACCAGUGGGGCUGCAGUGGUUGAAGGUGAAAAGGCACCUGCCGUUGGAACAUCUAUUGAAAACAAGGGGAGUAAUGCUGAAAUUGCUGCAAAUAGCAGCGCCAUUGCCUUGAGUCAAUUACUUAAGGGCAAUCAGAUUGAACAGUUUACUGUGGAUAAUUCGGCAUACACACAGGCACAGAUAAGAGCUACAUUCUACCCUAAAUUUGAGAACGAGAAGUCGGAUCAGGAGAUUAGAACAAGGAUGAUAGAGAUGGUGUCAAAAGGCUUGGCUACACUGGAGGUUUCACUAAAACACUCUGGGUCUUUGUUUAUGUACGCUGGUCAUCAGGGUGGAGCAUAUGCAAAAAACAGCUUCGGGAAUAUAUACACUGCUGUUGGUGUCUUUGUUCUGGGAAGGAUGUUUCGAGAGGCUUGGGGAUCUGUAGCACCCAAAAAACAAGCAGAAUUCAAUGAUUUCCUUGAGAGUAACCGUAUGUGCAUAUCAAUGGAGUUAGUAACUGCCGUUCUGGGAGAUCAUGGUCAGCGACCACGAGAGGAUUAUGUGGUAGUUACAGCAGUUACCGAACUGGGCAACGGAAAGCCGAAGUUCUAUUCAACUUCAGAAAUAAUAGCUUUUUGUAGAAAGUGGCGCUUACCAACCAAUCAUGUUUGGUUAUUCUCAAGCAGGAAAUCAGUGACAUCUUUUUUUGCUUCCUUUGAUGCCCUAUGUGAAGAAGGAACUGCUACAACAGUAUGUAAGGCUCUUGAUGAAGUUGCAGAAAUAUCUGUACCAGGCUCAAAAGAUCAUAUAAAAGUGCAGGGUGAAAUUCUUGAGGGUCUUGUGGCUCGUAUGGUGAGCCACGAGAGUUCAAAACACAUGGAGAAAGUAUUGGAAGAAUUUCCUGCUCUGCCAUAUAACGAAGGAGGUGGACUUGAUUUGGGACCAAGCCUGAGGGAAAUUUGUGCUGCAAAUAGGUCAGAUGAAAAACAGCAAAUAAAAGCACUUCUUCAAAAUGUGGGUAGUGCCUUUUGCCCUGAUCAUUCAGACUGGUAUGGUGAUUCCCACUCAAGAAAUGCAGACAGAUCUGUUGUAUCAAAAUUCUUACAAGCCAAGCCAGCUGAUUUUUCCACCUCCAAAUUACAGGAAAUGGUUCGUCUAAUGAGAGAAAGGCGUCUUCCAGCUGCCUUCAAAUGCUAUCACAACUUUCACAAAAUUGGUUCCAUAUCAAAUGACAACCUUUUCUAUAAAAUGGUCAUUCAUGUUCAAAGCGACUCUGCUUUUCGGCGAUAUCAAAAAGAAAUGAGGCACAAGCCAGGGUUGUGGCCAUUGUAUCGAGGUUUUUUUGUUGACAUUAAUUUAUUCAAAGAAAACAAGGAGAAGACUGCUGAGAUAGUGAAAAGUAAAAACAAUUUGAUGGAGACUGAAGGCAAUGGGACCGUGGGAAGAGAUGGAUUUGCUGAUGAAGAUGCAAAUCUGAUGAUAAAACUGAAAUUUCUUACAUAUAAGUUGCGGACUUUUUUGAUUCGUAAUGGUUUGUCAAUUCUCUUCAAAGAAGGUUCAGCUGCAUACAAGGCCUAUUACUUGAGGCAAAUGAAGUUGUGGGGUACAUCAUUUGGAAAACAAAGGGAGCUCAGCAAGAUGCUUGACGAAUGGGCUGUAUACUUGAGGAGGAAGUACGGGAAUAAACAACUGUCAUCGUCUAUCUAUCUAAGUGAAGCUGAACCUUUUCUUGAACAGUAUGCUAAGCGCAGUCCUCAGAAUCAGGCUCUUAUCGGAUCUGCUGGAAAUCUGGUUAGAGCAGAAGACUUCUUGGCUGUUGUCGAGGAAGGAAUGGACGAAGAGGGUGAUCUUCAGAAAGAGGACGCAGCACCAUCAAGUCCUAUGCUCUCUAGGAAGGAUGUUGUGCCAAAAGCAGAGGGCUUAAUUGUGUUUUUUCCAGGAAUCCCAGGCUGUGCAAAGUCUGCUCUUUGCAGAGAGAUACUUAAUGCCCCGGGAGGACUUGGAGAUGACCGACCAGUCAAUACUCUAAUGGGUGACCUGAUUAAAGGAAGAUAUUGGCAGAAGGUUGCUGAUGAGCGUCGGAGAAAACCAUACUCCAUAAUGCUUGCAGACAAAAACGCACCAAAUGAAGAAGUGUGGAGACAAAUUGAAGAUAUGUGCCAUAGCACAAGAGCCUCUGCAGUUCCAGUUAUACCUGAUUCUGAAGGAACUGAUUCUAACCCUUUCUCCCUUGACGCACUGGCUGUGUUCAUGUUCCGUGUGCUGCAAAGAGUUAACCAUCCAGGAAAUCUCGACAAGGCGUCCCCUAAUGCAGGCUAUGUCCUACUAAUGUUUUAUCACCUUUAUGAGGGCAAGAGUCGUAGAGAGUUCGAAGGUGAGCUUAUCGAUCGUUUUGGGUCUCUGGUUAAGAUUCCAUUGCUGAAAUCUGAUAGGAGUCCUUUACCUGACAAUUUGAAGACUAUCUUAGAGGAAGGAUUAAGUCUGUAUAAGCUCCAUACUAGUAGACAUGGAAGGGCGGACUCUACUAAAGGUUCUUACGCGAAAGAAUGGGCGAAAUGGGAGAAGCAAUUGCGAGAAACUUUGUUUGGUAACGCUGAGUAUCUCAAUGCUAUUCAGGUUCCAUUUGAGUUUGCUGUUCAAAAUGUGUUGGAGCAAUUAAAGAAGAUUUCAAAGGGUGACUAUAAAAGCCCUAUUACAGAGAGGAGGAAGUCUGCGACCAUAGUGUAUGCUGCUGUCAGUCUUCCUGUUCAGGACAUCCAAGAUGCUCUCGACACGUUGGGCAACAAAAAUCCUCAGGUUGAAGCAUUCAUUAAAGAAGGCUACAAGGAUUACACACUUAAAAGCGCUCAUGUCACACUCGCACACAAAAGAAGCCAUGGCAUUAAAGCUGUAGCUGACUACGGCAUCUUCGAGAACAAAGAAGUUCCAGUUGAGCUGACAGCCCUACUUUUCUCAGAUAAAAUGGCUGCCUUCGAAGCUCGGGUUGGCAGCAUUGAGGACGAAAGAGUGAUUUCGAAAAAUGAGUGGCCGCAUGUAACAUUAUGGACUAGAGAAGGGAUUGCAGCAAAAGAGGCCAACACAUUACCACAGUUAGUAUCAGAGGGGAAAGCAACUCUGGUGGAACUGAACCCUCCCAUUAUCAUAUCAGGCAAGGUGCAAUUCUUUUAGCCUUUUCCCUCCUCCUUCCAUUUCUCUGCAUUAUCAGAGGCUGAUUAUCAGAAAUAAACGGCAUAAAAUUUUGGUUGCUGAGGUUUUAGAUUACAGGUAAUAAGAAGUUUUGUAGGAUUUUUCUAUGGCAAAAGUUUCUGUAUAGCCAACCCACUUUGAUCUACUCGAAAACAGGUCGAAUUUUUUUUUUUUUUUUCCUUAAUAAUAUGGAAUUUAUUUUGUUUUUU